AUAACUAAAAUAGAAAUAAAAAUUUAGAAAUCAGAAAAUGAGAAUCAAUAUGUUAUUCAUCGUAGCAUUCUCCUUUUUAGUCUCCGUUAGGUCAUUACCGAUGAAACCAACUCUAAACUACGAGUCAAUCUUUAAUUUCGGCGAUUCUUUAAGCGAUACCGGAAACUUUUUAAUAUCCGGUGAUGUCGACUCACCGAACAUUGGAAGACCACCAUACGGACAAACCUUUUUUAACCGUUCCACCGGUCGUUGCUCCGAUGGACGUCUCAUCAUCGAUUUCAUCGCUGAGGCAAGUGGACUGCCGUACAUUCCACCGUAUCUCCAAAGCGUGCGGACGAAUAAUUCGAUAGAUUUCAAGAAAGGAGCAAAUUUUGCGGUGGCUGGAGCAACAGCGAAUGAAUUUAGCUUCUUUAAAGAAAGAGGUCUUUCAGUAACAUUGUUGACAAACAAGACACUGGAUAUUCAACUUGAUUGGUUCAAGAAGUUGAAACCUUCUCUGUGUAAAACCAAGCCAGAAUGUGAACAAUAUUUUAAAAAAUCUCUAUUUCUCGUCGGAGAAAUCGGUGGAAACGAUUAUAACUACCCUCUCUUGGCAUUCCGAAGUUUCAAACAUGCUAUGGAUUUGGUACCAUUUGUCAUUAACAAAAUCAUGAACGUCACAAGUGCAUUGAUAGAGGAAGGUGCGGUGACACUGAUGGUUCCAGGAAACCUUCCAAUAGGUUGUUCUGCGGUUCUACUAGAGCGGUUUAAUGAUAAUAGUGGAUGGCUUUAUGACUCGAGGAACCAAUGCUACAAGCCAUUGAACAAUUUGGCUAAGCUUCACAAUGAUAAGCUCAAGAAAGGCCUUGCGGCUCUAAGAAAAAAGUACCCUCAUGCCAAAAUUAUGUAUGCUGAUUAUUACAGUUCUGCCAUGCAAUUCUUCAACUCACCUUCCAAAUACGGUUUCACUGGAAGUGUCCUAAAGGCAUGUUGUGGAGGAGGAGAUGGAAGAUACAACGCGAAACCAAGCGUGCGGUGCGGAGAAAAGGGUUCAACCACUUGCGAAAAUCCAUCAACGUACGCAAAUUGGGACGGAAUUCACCUAACUGAAGCGGCUUACCGCCACAUUGCAACUGGUCUCAUCUCCGGCCGUUUCACCAUGCCUUCUUAUAAUAACAAUUAAUUAACUUAUAAGUUGUGAUUUAGUUUUUAACAGACAAACUUUUCAUAUAACUUCUAAUUGAAAACCUAUAAAUUCGAUCAUUAUUU